AUGACAACAUUCAACAAGUCACUGCUCUCUUCUGUGAAUACUUCCUUGGAAUAUAAUGCAACCAAGAAUAUAAUGCAUUAUAAUGAGUCACAAAAUGAAAAUAUAUUCCCUGACAACUGGGUGUAUCUCGAAAACAUCAUCAGUCUUCUCAUCUGCCUUCCUGGACUUGUAGGGAAUACAAUUGUCAUUUGGCUUCUUGGCUUCCGUAUUAAAAGGACUCCCUUCACCACAUACAUUUUGAACCUUGCCAUUGCAGAUUUUGCUCUGCUCAACAAUGAAAUUAUAAAAGAUAUUUUUUGUCUUUUAAGUUGGAUUAAUCUUAACUUUUUUCCUGUUUACUUCAGUUUUUUCUACUAUGACGUAUUUCUGUUUACAUUCACUGCUAGUCAGUACCUCAUGACAAUCAUCAGCAUUGACAGAUGUGUGUGCCUCUUCUUCCCACUUUGGCAUCGAUGUCACCGGCCACCACGUUUAUCCACUGCUGUGAGUGUCCUUGUAUGGAUCCUCAGCUUCUUAAUUAGUGCUAUAGAUCUCACUCUCCUUUUCACUAUAUAUAAUACCAUAACACACUUACAGUUUGUCUCAAAUGCUGUGGUUUGCAUGCCCAUCAUGUGUGUCUCCACUAUAGCCAUUUUUAUUAAAUUCAGAUUAAGACCAGCACAAAAGAAGAAGGGAAAACUGUUAAAAACCAUUUGGCUUACACUUUUCUUCUUCCUCCUUUGGACUUUUCCAUUAAAUAUAAUUGAGGUCCUUUCUCUAUUUCAUCAUCCAACUAACUAUAUGUAUGCAUAUGGCUACCUAUGUGCCUUGAUAAACAGUGCCAUUAACCCCAUGAUCUAUUAUUUGGUGGGAAGAGAUAAAAGAAGGAGAUCAAGCAAGCGAAUCAAGAAAGUGCUUGAGAAACUUUUCAAGGAAGAGGAAGACUGUUGAGAGAAUCAGGAAA